GGCGUCAGCGCCCAGGGCUGAAGAUCUGGCUCUGGCGCAGAGCCUUCACUUCUUAGCUCCGCACAGGUCGCGCUUGAGGGCGGGGCGAAGCGCUGGCAGGGAGAAGAGGCGGACCUGAGGUUGUGCGCGUGCGUAGAACGGAGUUGAGCGGGUCUAGGUACUGAGGCUGGGCUGACUCGAGCGAUCGGCGGACAAGAUGCAGGACCCCAAUGCAGACACUGAAUGGAAUGACAUCUUACGAAAAAAGGGCAUCCUACCCUCAAAGAAAAGCCUGAAAGAAUUGGAAAAGGAAGCAGAAGAGGAGGAGCAGAGGGUCCUCCAUCAGUCAGUAGUGAAAACAUAUGAAGAUAUGACUUUGGAAGAGCUAGAGGAUAAUGAAGAUGAAUUCAAUGAGGAGGAUGAACGGGCUAUUGAAAUGUACAGGCAGCAAAGACUGGCUGAGUGGAAGGCAGUUCAACUGAAGAAUAAAUUUGGAGAUGUUUUGGAGAUCUCAGGAAAGGAUUAUGUUCAGGAAGUUACCAAAGCCGGUGAGGGCUUGUGGGUGAUCUUGCACCUUUACAAGCAAGGGAUUCCCCUCUGUGCCCUGAUAAAUCAGCACCUCAGUGGACUUGCCAGGAAGUUUCCUGAUGUCAAAUUUAUCAAGGCCAUUUCAACAACCUGCAUACCCAAUUACCCGGAUAGGAAUCUGCCCACAAUAUUCGUCUACCUUGAAGGUGACAUCAAGGCUCAGUUCAUCGGUCCUCUGGUGUUCGGUGGCAUGAACCUGACAAGAGAUGAGUUGGAGUGGAAACUGUCUGAGUCUGGAGCAGUCAAGACUGACCUGGAGGAGAACCCCAGGAAGCCCCUGGAGGAUGCGCUGCUAUCCUCAGUGCGAGGUUCUGUGCCCAUGAGGAGUGGGGACAGCGACUCUGAGGGCAACUGAGGCUGCAGCUGCCGGGACUUUUCGAACUUUCUUGAUGUGACACAACGUCUGAAUUUUUUUAAAAAGAAAAAAGCAAGAACACAAAUACUUUUGGUUUUUAGCCUUUUUCCAAUUAUGUUUCACAUCUCAUACAUUUCAGAAAUAAUCAUUGCUCAGAAUUGUAUUAAAUUUCUUGAGACUAUUUUUAGAUAACAUUUCUUUAAAAGAAAAAAUUUUUUUUCGGUAUAUUCCCAUUUAUUUCACUUUCAGUAACGUUUUUCUCUUACAUGAUUGAACACAUAUUUUGCUUUAAAAUUAACAGUCACAGUUGAAGAAACAGAGGCUUAUUUUUCUAAUUAAGUUACCAAGCUACUGAAUCUUAAGGCUUCAACCUUAAUGUUGCAUCUUAUUUCUUUCACUGAAUAAUAAGAUCCUCUAUUUCGAUUA